UCUUAGGGAUAGUAUAGAUUUUAGCAAAGUAGAGUCAUCAAAAACAACAGAACGACAAAAACUUUUACGUUUUUGAACUCGGACGAGUACUCUUGUACUUACAUAUAUAGGACACGGGCUUUUUACACCCGAACAAAUAGAGACAAAGUAGAGUUGACACUUACCUGGAAUUUCCCGGUGAGGCUCCCAUUGGUGACUGCGCGCGAUCUGAAACAGAGAACAAAACAUCGAUUUAAUAAAUAAAACUAUUGUGUAUUUAUUUACUAUCCCCCAAGACGACAUACGUGCAGUUUAUUGACACACGUAUAUAGUUUAAGUUUACAGUUUAUUUUAUUUUAUUUUAUUGUGUUGACGUAGCUCUUCCCCAAAAUGGCUACUAUUCGUACCCCAGCCAAGACCAGGACAGACAGUGACAGGAGCCCCAGGCUUUCCCAGGACAAGGCUAAGGCAGGACCUAGCCCUAACGCCGCCGGAACAACCAGUGUUCGGCGUAGCAUAGGAGAGUGGGAGGCCGGGCGAAGUGACCCCCAGCCGUGUAAGUCCAAGACACACCCGCAUACUCCCGAGCAGCAGGAACAGGCGAAGGCAUCUGCGCCCCCCCGGCCGAUAAAGCAGAAGGUAACAUCCCCGCGACAGCCCAAGGAGCUGCCGACGCGAAGACCGUCUGCGGACACGGCCGAGGAGGUGCAGAUGCCAGCGCCGAAGAAGAGGGGGCCCACCGGCAGGAUGGCCGAAGCCAGAGACUGGCUCGUGUACGCGAAAUUUAAUGUCAAUAAAUCUCGCAACAUGAAGACAGACCUCAAGGCCGGGGCCAUCCUGGCGGUGGACAACCUCUACCGGCUGAUUAAGGAGUAUGCGGAAGAACUUACCAAAAAGACGACCGGAACCAGGACCUCGACGACACCGCCACCUGAAACAAAAAACACGGGGGUUAAUACGGAUGAAAGUGGAGAGAAGGAAGGACGCAAAGGAAAUAAUGAGAAUGAAGGAAGGAAGGAUAUGGGGACAAAGGAGAUAGUGGAACUGUUAAGGGAACAAGGGGAAAAGAUAAACUCUACCUAUGCAGAGAUUGAGAAACUGAAGCAGUCCCUUGAAACAGUCAGGUCACCACCAGCCGCAACUGUCAAUACGUACGCACAAGUGACAGCUUCAACCAGUGCGAUGAACCCCAGAAGGGAAGCCUUGCACUCAGUGAUAAUAACGUCAAAGGAUGAUAAGGAGACGGGAGACGAGAUUAUCAACCGGGUUCGCGAGACUGUUAACGCAAAGGACGGCUGGGUGACAGUUGAACGAGUUCGUAAGGUCAAAGACCGCAAAGUAGUAGUGGGAUGCAGAACCGAAGAAGCUCGACAACGAAUCAAAGAGAGGUUGAAAGGCGCAGCUGACCACCUUAGCGUAGAGGACAUCAAGAACCAAGACCCGAUGGUGGUUCUCAAAGACGUUCUGCUGGUAAACAGCGACGAGGAUAUUCUACUAGCACUCAAAAACCAGAAUGCAGAUGUCUUUGCGGACGUGAAGAAGGAGGAUAAUAGGGUUGAGAUCAAGUACAGGCGGAAAGCGAGAAAUCAACUAUGCAGUCAUGUUGUGUUGAAGGUAUCGCCCCGCCUGUACAACAACUUGAUUGGUAGAGGCUAUGCACAUAUAGAUAUGCAACGCAUCAAGGUGGAGGACCAGUCACCGUUGAUACAGUGCUCGUCAUGUUUGGGAUACGGCCACGGUCGCAGGUUCUGCAAGGAAACCAUCCCUAAAUGCAGCCACUGCGGAGGCCCCCACAUGAAGAGAGACUGUGCGGACUGGUUGGCAGGAGAAGCACCGAGGUGUUGUAAUUGUACAGCAGCCAAGAUGGUGGAUAGCGUAGAGCACAACGCGUUUAGCCCAGAGUGCGCAGUGCGUAGAAAGUGGGAGGCACUAGCUAGGGCGAAAAUUGCGUAUUGCUAAGGUGGUCCCGGCGGAUACAGGGGCAGGCAGCCCCACCAGAGGAUACCUGGUCGCCCAGGCAAACUUACAGAGGAAGAUGUUAGCGACAGAAGAACUAAUGAUAGAGUCCGCUAACAGAAAAAUCGCAAUAGCUC